CAAUGGGUUUUUGUAUGAAAUGUUUUGGAUAAUUUGAAGCAUGCUUAUUUUUUCCAAACGUCAUGUGACGAUUACAUUCUUAGUGAACCAUUUACCUGAUCAAUGUGAAAAAGGAUUCUGUCCAAUUGUUGAGCUUUGUUAAUCAUUCAGUGUCACUUGUUUAUUCCAAAAGCUUUAAAUGGCACAGAAUAUAAUUCAUGCAGAGCAAUAUUGGAAAACGCAAGCAGCUAUUGAGGCUGAAAAAAACUUUGGACAGAUUUAUCAACAUGGGAAAGGUCCGUGUAACAUCUUUAUAUUGGACACAUCCUUAAGUUUAGGGGAAGAAGGCUUCGGGCAAUUAAAGGGAGCUUUUUUUGCCAUACUUGAUGAGUAUGCAAAACAUCCAGAAAUCGACGAGAACGUGGCCGUUAUUAUAUGCGGGCGACAAACCAAGUUUCAACGUUAUUAUUCUAACCAAUAUGAAGAUAUCAAGCAUUCAUUAGAUGACGUUGAGUUUGGAGGGUCGUCUCCUUUAACAGCAGCUUUUUUACUGUCACUUGGAUGUUUGGGGUACAAAGCAGAACAGUCAUACAGAAUCGGAGAUUUUUAUGUUCACCCAAGAAUAAUUUUUAUUUCUGAUGGGAGGCCAACAGAUUUUACAGAUUUUACUGGAUCAUAUACAGAAGACCGUCCUCAAUGUGAAACAGAGAGAGACAUAGACCAUUUACUGCAAGUGACAAGAUCAAUUGGUAAAAAGAAUCCAAUUUUCUGCAUACCUGUAGGAAGAAACCCUAAUAUGACAUCAUUAGAAUUCAUAAGUGCCCAGUCACGAGGUGGAAAGAUUGUUUGUGUCAGUGAAGCAAGACAAUUUGCAAAAUACUCGCACAAUAUCGAAACAGCUUCCAUGUUGACGUUUACAAAUGAAAACGAUGACAGAGAGAGAAUUCUGACAUCACUAGCAUGUAAAUUUCCAGAAAGGGUGUUCACAGAAAUGGAUCUUAAUGACAUAAUAGAAAUUUGCUCGAGAAAAUCGUUAUACCAGCCAGUCUCUGAACAGGCAGAUGAGGAGGAUGAGGAUGAUGAUAGGGAAAAGCUUUUUGUGGAGAGGUAUCCUCAACUGCCUCGUUUAGGAUCCAGGGUCAAACGAGGACGAGACUGGAUUUAUGAUAACCGUGACAACUUUGGUCCUGGUACUGUUGUGGGACAUCUAAGAGAGGAAGGAUGGGCGAUUGUAGAAUGGGAUACAGGUUUUAAAGCACACUACAGAUUUGGAAGUACACGAGAAUUCUCCAAUAAAUAUGACAUACAGCUUUGCAAUGAACCUCGCAUCUUGGGAAACGAAUUAAUCGCUACUGGUUGUCUCGUCACCAGAGGAAAAGAUUGGGUCUGGGGUAACCAAGAUGGCGGAGCUGGAAAUAUUGGAACAGUCCUUUCAGUAGAAGGCUCCGGUCAAGUUCUUGUGCGAUGGCAACACGGUUUAAUAAAGUAUUAUUCUUUUGGGAUAGAUGGACGUUUUGAACUUGAUGUAAGUGAUCCAUUCUCACCGAAAGCUGCUAAGUUUCUUAAAGAUCAGAUGCAAAACACUUCAUUAGAUUCUUCAGGUGGAGUACAAGAGGACUUCAAUGAGGGUUUCAAGAAUACCUUGGGUGGUAUAUCCGCUGAGAAAGAUAUGGAAUUCGAGAAUCCGGUCUCCGUGAACAGGCCAAUUUUGCAUGUUACCAAAGGAAAGUAUUUCAAAAACAACAGUGUUGUUGAAAAGCAAACAUCAGAUAUUGAAACAGAUGGACCUUCCUUUUCAUGUACAGUGAACCAAUGGUGUUGGAAAGAUUGUGAAGGAAAGUGGAAUCCCUAUUCGAGGGAAGUUAAUGAAAGAAUAAACAAAUGUUACAAACGUGAUCCAAGGUCAACUGUUAUCGUUAAUAUCCAGGACCAGUCUUACAGAGUUGUGAUGUCCAAAAGUCGACAGAUCAACCAAACGACCAGAGAUAUCAGUGAGAUAAAACUAGUAACAAACUGGCCAAGUCCAUAACUUAAAUAUAAAACUCUUUCAACGUUAUCUUGUUUUAUCUUCAAUGUCAUUGUAAGAACCUUGGAUAGAAAUAAUUAUGAAUUUAUCAUUGAUACAUUAAUUCACCAUUGUUUUAUUAAUUAGGGGUUACAGUGUUUUGAAUAACAUGUUACUUGAAUGAGUCAAUGUAUUAUAUUAUGGAUGUUAUUUUAUUAAAUUUAGAAAGUGCAUAUUCCCAAUAGAAACUGGUGGCGUUGUCUAAUAGACGCUAUAACAUACGUUUAUCAAGUAAAAUUGUCAAAGUUUUUAUAGAAACAAAGUGAAUUACAGUAAGUUAUUCUUGCAAUAAAACUAUAAUACAUGUAAGUAUGAAUAUUAAGAAAUUUGCCGCUUCAAAUUAAAAAUUAACUUUGAUUUUGGCAUAAACAUGUUCAAAAUAACAUAUGCCCAAACAACCACAGUUAUUCAAACGGCGGGUGUGACCGGUCAGCAGAGGAUGCUCACUCCUCCUAGGCACCUGAUCCUACCUCCAAUGUAAUGGAGAUCCGUGUUUUCUCAAUGUUUGUAUUUUGACAAUCACAAACAAACCCAAUCAUGAUGUUUCGUUUUUUUCCCUAUUAUGACAUUUUCCCGAUAUUGACAUUUACAUCGAUUAUAACAUGCCCAAUUGUGACAAGAAGCACACGCGGGUGUGACCGGUCAGCAGAGGAUGCUAACUCCUCCUGGGCACCGGAUCCUACUUCUUUCGUUUUAGAGGUCCAUGUUGCUCUGCUUUGAAUUUGUAUUUCGUUUUAUCGAUUUUGGAGACGGUUGGCAGUUUGUUGUUGUCAUUUUUCAUUAGUUUUAAGUAAAUUUUUUCACCUUGUAGUAAGGAAGCGGAGUAUUGUAGUGUUGAAACAUGUGUUACGUUUCAUAAGGGUUGUCAAAUUUGUAGGUUAACUAAAAUGUUCGAUAAAAUGAACAUUUUGCUCAAUCCAGAGAUAAAAAAAAAACUUUUUUCCAUCUUUUUUCAGCUAGUUACCGUAUAUUCUUUUAAUAGAAAUGACGAACGUCGUUUUUUAUUUACCGAUAGCCGCCGUUUAGGUGCUACACUGUGUCUUUGCAAUUACUGUCGCUUGGAUUUACAUAUGCGUUCUCAGACUGAUCCAUUUGCUUCCUGUUGUUGGUUCUUGAUAUUCCAUAUUUAUUGUGUUUGUUGAUGUAUCAAAAAGUCAGAAAAUUGACUUUAAUCAAGCAAUAUUGGUCAUGAAUUUGAUCAAUGCAGCAUUAAUAUGAAGUGUUGUACAAAUAAAUAUGAACAAUUUAGUAGAGUAUAUAUUGUUUAAAAUGAAUCUCAGAUUUUUUUUGCACGUAUUCUUAUAAUUAAAUAUUAAUAUUCAGCUCGGUCCUUCAGUUGGGGCCGCAAGGUUAUCCUGGAUGGAGUAGGGGAUGUUUAGUUUGAUCCAUGUUUACACAAUGCUUGCAUAGUUAUAUCACAAAUUAUACAUUCAUGUUCUUGAAGGGAGGAUCACAUGACCCUCAUUGUUGCCCAACCAAUUCCCUUGGGAUCAUUCUUUUUAUUUAAAGAAUAAAUCUACACUUCCUGUGAAUGAUUCCACACAAGUUUUAUUUUUUCUUUCUUCGUGGUUUUUGAGAAGAAAUGCUAACAAAUAUUCAAUAACUGUCUAUCAUCCUCCCUUUGUAGGAGAAUACGGUUUUAUUGAUAAAUAUCCAACAAAAUUGGAUUACAUUCCAAAUUUUUAAAUUAUCUUAAAAUAUAGGUUUUUUAUAUCAUGGACAUAUGGUUUGUGUUCAAUUCAUGUUUAACAUUAUGUUUUACACUACUAUUUAGCAUUUUGAAUACUAGUAAUUCAGUCGGUAUGUUUUUAAUCGUAAAGUUUGACAAGAAAUGCAGA